AUGUUUAUGUGUCUGCUUGCUGGGCAGUCCGGGUGCCAGGCUGGAGGUGAGGGAAAUCCAACCCAGGUCACUGAUCUCUCACAUGAAGACCACGCAGAUACCAGGGUAGAGCUUCCUGAGCAAGAACGACAAACACCAACCAAUAUGACAUCAAACUUAACACCUAUUCAACCAGCAUGUGAACCCAACAUCUACAUGGUGCUGAAGAUGCUCGGGGCUCUUGAAGAGAAACAAAAAGCCACUGAGAGAGCCCUUGAGAAAACAAACGGAAAGUUGGAGGCCAGCGAGAAGCAGGUGGCUGCUCUCAGCAGUGAACUGACUGAUAUCAGGAACCUGUAUGAAGGAAAACUUCGGGUGGCAUUUUCUGCUGCACUUCUUCCAGACAUCAAUGCUGUAAGUGUUAAUACGCCUCUGGUUUACAGCAACGUUCUGUUCGACAGCGGAGGCCAUUACAGCCCAGUAACAGGUCAUUUCACAGCACCAGUGCGAGGAGUUUAUUAUUUCUCCUUUACUUCCUUUGUGUGGUCUGGAAAACCAGCCACAGGCGGAAGCCUGUUCCACAACGGAAACCAGAUUGUGUCAUGGUAUGGCAACAGUCAAACUCACUCCAUGUCGGCAUCUAACAGCGCCAUCUUGCUGCUACAAACUGGUGACGUGGUUAGUGUUCGUCUUUGGUCUGGGUACAAUAUAAAUGAUAAUGGUAACAAGUAUUGCACAUUCAGUGGAUUUUUGCUCUUUCAUAUGUGA